AUGCCCUCCUACCUGAUCUACAUCGUCGAGUUUUUCCACCACAACGAGCGCAACUACAAAGCCAUCUACAUCGAGACCGACCUGUCUCUCCCCAAUCCCCCACCAAAGACCACCUCCAACACAUCACUGGACCAUUCUCGCCGAGAUCUCCUGCCUGUCACCCCGGACGACAAGAGGCUCUACCCUGAGACGCCGCUGGGGCGGCGCGAGGACUGGUUGGCGGAUGUGGAGAGGUUGGCGGUUGAAAAGGGUAUCUUUACCCGAUAG